GUAAUUUCUGUACACUAUAGCAAUGGCCUGUAUCACGGGCGAUGAAACUGGCUUAUUAAAGGUCUGGAACAUCGCGAAGAGUAGUGGAGCAACUUUGUCUUACUCAUUUGGAGAACAGAAUCGUCAGAGAGGGAUUAUGGGAAUGUGUUGGGUUGAUAGUUCGACCUCAUCUGUUGCUUUUUCAACUCAAGAUGGAGAUGUCACUAUGUUCAACACAAAGGAUGGCAGAAAGGUCACAUCUGCUAACAUUGGACACGUUUCUGCACUACCAAAUGCAAUGUCAUUCGUGAAAGGAAAGCUGAUCAUGGUGACCAGUAAUGCAUCUGUUCUGAUCACGAAUUCUGAGUUGGAGUUACCAACCCUUUUUGAAGCCAACGGUCCCGUCGAUGCGGUCCAUAUUCAGAGAAAAUACGGGAUGAUUGCGAUUGGGGGUAAUGAGAAUGAGUUGUGCGUUUACGAUUUGGGGGCGGAUUCUGCCCCUUCACUUGUUUUCAAGGCUCAAAAUGUCCGUGAUCAUAUUCUAGAUGUACCCUACCCUACUUUUAUUACUGGAACGUGUAUUAUCAACCCUUUUGUGUUUUGUACCAGCACGGCAUAUCAUCAGGUUCGUUUUUAUGAUCGACGCUCUAGCGCAAGACCUGUGCAGGAGUUCGAAAUUAAUCGUGAAAUCGAAAGACGUCCAACAAGGAUGCUUCAAUGGAACUCAAAUAAAUUUCUUAUCGGUGAAGCUAGCGGCGACGUUCACCUAUAUGACACUCGAAGAGGGUUCACUUCAAGGGCAAAACUUCGAGGUGGGGUUGGGAGCGUGCGAAGUAUGGCUAAACACCCAGCAGGGCACCAACUGCUAGGGGUGGCAGGACUAGACAGGAAGGCUAGGCUGUACCAUGUUCCUACAGGCAAGUUGUUACUUUCGAUCUACACGAAGCAGAGGGUCAAUUGCAUUCUUUUUGACAAGCAGCUCCCUCUGUCGGACAACGUUUCUUCGUAUAGUAGGGUUGUAAACAGUAAGCAGCCAGAGAGAGCGGCUACAUUGGGUGAGGAUGUGUGGGAUGACAUGGAUCCUGUUAUUGAUGAACUUGACGAGGGUAUUCCUUGUGCCGAAGCGAAGUCUUCUAGAAAGCGGGAGCGUAACCCCUAGUCUUCCAGUUUUCAGACAUAAUAAUAAUAAUAAUAAUAAUAAUAAUAAUAUCUAAGCAUGAUGCCCUGAUAAGUUGCGUGUAAAUUGAAAUUAUCCACACUUUUAUUUUCCAUUAUUAAUCAU